CCCCCCCCCCGCUAUGUUUUGAAUGCGUUAUGUCCUCGACAUAAGUACGACUUACGACAAGAUACAUUUUAAUGAAUCCAAAUACAAAGUAGGCUAUAUAAAAACUUGAACUUUUUUUAUUUCUGAAGUUUAGCAGGUAUGACUUAUCGGAAUUUACGUAGCUCAAAGAAAUGCCUUCCACCACUGGAAGUGGCGCAGAAACAUAUUGAACUUAAAACUGACCAAGAAGGACUGGAAUGUCAUUUCAUCAAUGAGGCUAUUGGCCGAGGUGUUUUCACUCAUCGACAAUUCAAGAGAGGGGAUUUUCUACUUGAAUAUUGUGGUGAAAACAUUGGACUUAAAGAGGCAACCCACAGAGAGGCAAGCUACGCGACGAAGGAUGGAAACUUCAUGUUUUUCUAUAAGGAUGGGAGAAAUACACGAUGCGUGGAUGCUACAAAAUCAAGAGGGCUUGGGAGAAUGGUAAAUGAUGGGUGUGGGAGAGAAAUUAACUGCAAAGCCCAGUUAGUUGAUGACCAUCUGUGCUUAUUUGCCACAGAAGAUCUGCCCAUUGGCGCAGAGCUGCGAUAUGAUUACGGGAUCCCCAAUCUACCAUGGAGAAAGAAAACUGUGAGUACCAAGUCCAAAGAUCUAGAGGACCCCUUUCCUCAACUCACAUUUUGUGGGUUGAUAAAGGAUCAUGAGGAUGUGAUGUCAGGUACCUCAAUAGCAACAGCUGAAAUGAUAGGUGAAGAAACUGUACAGUAAGUGAAUUUAAUAUUCACCAUGAUGCCAUAUCCUGCACUGCAUGUAGACUCAGUUUGUGCUCUUCAGAGUUUGCACUCUCCAUAGUUUGCACUCUUCUCUUUAAGAUUGCUGUCUCUCUUACAUUCCACCAAAUGUAGCAUCAACAUGUAUCAUAUAUCCACUCUUACACUGAAACAUUUGACACUUAACUUGUCCAUCUUGUUAGUGUCGGUUUUGUCCUUAUUCGUCUAAUAAUUUGUGACCUGCUGCAGCAAAAUCAGGAAUGCCAUCAUUACAAUUGCGUUAACUGGUCUUGGUAUCAAUAGAAAGCUGAAUAAUCACUUCUAUUUAGGGUUUAGAUUUUUAAAAAGUCCUCUCAAUCAUUCCUCAUGUUGCUAUGGAAGUCCCGCUUUGAGCGAGCUCAAAUGAGGGAAAUUCACCCUCUUGUUGCAAUCGUGUCCUGAAUCUGUUUUCAUAGCCUGCUUCCCACUUGCAUUCAUCUUGCAUGCAUU